AUGCAUAGGCUUGUCUGGAAUGGCAAAGUCGACUGUAGAUGGACGGGCCAAUAUCAUGAAGGUCAAUCUGUCUGGUCUUGGGAACUUAUGGCAUUCGAUCCCUACCCGCUGAUCGAACAGAUGAUCAUCCGGGGAUCCAUGUUAUACAUCACCUCGCUAUGGCUAAUCAAGGCCGGCAUGGUGACCCUCUAUAAGCGCCUGGGAGAUCGCACCCGCUAUGAGAAUGUGUAUAACAUCACACUUGGUAUUUUGGCUGCGACCUGGCUAGUUCUAAUUUCCAGUAAUAAUUUAAUCUGCUACCCUGUCCGGCGACGGUGGGAGCAGAUUUCAAAUCCGGAGUUAAUCUGCCUCCCCAUUACGCAAAUCGCGCGAACCAAGAUGCCCAAUAAACAAAAGUGUUUGGUCAUUAGCAUCUUCCUCCUAGGUAUUCUUGUAGUCAUCGUCAGCAGUACGUCUCCUCUCUCUCGUCCCACAUCAUCUCCGCUAAACCACAUGCCAGUUGUUCAGGCAAUCUACUCCUACCGCAAAGACUAA